ACACUAACAAGGGAUGACGAUUGCCCACACCCCCCACAACCGCAGCAGCCCAGAUUCCAGAACAUUUUUACUCAAUCGAUACUUACAACCAAGUCGCAAGGUUCAUUAGGAAUCAUCAACUUCAUCUCUCCCCUCUGUUUGGUUUUUUCCCGUUGUUCUUUUCAACAUUUGACCAGCGACAUACCUAUCUAUCCUCGAAGAAUCCGAUCCCCCCGCGUUCCGAAGCCCAAAAAGUCUUUUCGUCCUACAAUAAAGGGCAGCCACACGGCCACCUGCAUUUGAAGUAAAAUCUAAGAGAAGAAAACUUUCAUACAAGAAAGGAAAAGAGAAGCGAUGCCACAAGGAAGUGGUUUCCACCCAUUUGGUGGCAGAUUAUCCAAGCAUAUGGGAAAUUCGCUUUCUCCUGAAGCUGCAUAUCUGAGUUAUUAUGAUGUACGAUUGACAAGAGAAGACAUCAAUACGUUGAAGGAUGACUGGCUCACGGAUAAUACAAUAGCCUUCUGGCAAGAAUAUCUCGAGAACGAAUACCUCAAGCGAUACCCCUCCUCCCACAUCGUCCUACUUCGCCCUUCCAUGGCAUAUAUGCUACGAAUGCACGAAAACCCCGUCCUACUCAGGUCCGCUCUUCCAGACUUUCGUCUGACAACCCACAUCUUCCUUCCCAUAAACGAUAAUCGCAAUGUUUCUCAAGCAGAAGGUGGAUCCCACUGGACACUCCUCCUCGUAUCCGUUAUCGAUGGUGUAGCAUUCCACUAUGAUUCUCUCUCGCCCUCGAAUUAUGAAGAAGCGAACACGACGACUUAUAAACUAGGUCAGUUAUUGGGUCGCCAGUUGAAGUUUCUGAAUUUGCAGGAUACUCCGCAACAGCAAAAUGGAAGUGAUUGUGGAGUUUACGUGUGCAUCAUCAUGCGCCAUUUGUUGUUGAAGAGAUUGCUGUGCGCGAACGCGAAGGAAAAGGUUUCUAUGAGCAUGGGAGGCAAACUCGUGGAUGCGAGUGGAGCGAGGAAGGAGAUGCUGAAGAUUAUCGAGGGGUACAGAAAGGAGGGAGAGAGAAGAAGAUCACAAGACGAAAGUCGCAGCUCAUCCCCUUACCAAAAGGGUAAUCGAAGUCCUCCACGAAUCGAUUCAUGAGCUACGCAUACAUGAAUACAGCUUCAAGAAAUCAUCAGGCGUUACGGAUUUAUGACAGGGCUGCAUUGGGACAAUGAACGAGACGAGCGUUACAACACGAGGCACAAGAGAUAUGAUUGCAUGCUAUUUCUUUUCUAUACGAUCACACGAGACGAGUUUCGCGUUCUGGCAAAUGGGGAUGCAAUGUGCUUUGGGAGCUGAGUUGCGAGCUUCACUAGCUAUGAAUUCAGAUUUGCAUUGUGAUUUUGGUGGCAUGGGGGGGGGGGGGGGCAUGUAAUGGUACGAAGUGUACGAAGCGG